ACAAAAAGAGAAACGGUGGGUAUGCUUAUUUACCUGUCUUGCUGUCAGAGCUGUUCACAUGGAGAUAGUAAAGGACUUAACAGCUGAAGAAUGUUUGCUUGCUUUGAGACGUUUCAUAGCAUCAAGAGGAAAGCCAAAGAUGAUAUUAUCGGACAAUGCACCUCAAUUCAAGCUGACGUCAGAACUUCUGGCGAGCCCAUAUUGUGUAAAAAACAGCAUUAAGUGGAAGUUUAUCCCUCAACUGGCACCAUGGCACGGAGGAGUCUAUGAACGAAUGAUAGCACUGGCAAAGCAUUGUAUGAAGCGCACGUUGGAAAAACACUUAUUGAAUGAUAACCAGUUACUCACAGUAGUUAAAGAGAUUGAGGGAGUCAUCAAUACAAGACCUCUGACGUAUGUUAGCGCAGAGUUUGACCGUGUGCUGAGACCAGUGGACUUCUUGAGAUUAGGUAACUGCGCGAUUCUCGAACCAAUGGAGAUAGACAACUCUGGCAAGAUUACUGCCACGAAAGUAGACCUCAUUGCAGGCUGGAAAAGAGGUAUCAUGAUCUUAGGGGAGUUUAAGGAUAUGUUCAUAAGCAGGGACCGCAACUUUGGUGCCGAUGACAGACGUAUGACGUCAAGCUAA